AUAUAAUAUUUAUUCCCAGCCCCUUUUACAAGAAAAAGAGAAUAGACUCAAAAAGUAUCAAACAAAGACCCUCUUCAACACUCCAUAUUCCCUCUUUCCCUUCCUAAAAUUCCAAUUCAAAAAUGGAAGGUGAUGGAAAAUUGGAAUCAAAAAUAGAGGAUUUAUUGAAUGUAGAGAAGCAAAUGAGGCAAGGUGGAGAUGUUGCCGGUACGAGGAAAGCAGUUACUGAUAUUCUUCAGCUAUGUUUCGAUGCUCGUGCUUGGAAUAUGCUUAAUGAACAGAUUGUUCUCUUGUCUAAGCGUCGUGGACAAUUGAAACAGGCUGUACAGGCUAUGGUCCAACAAGCGCUGCAGUAUAUUGACCAGACACCUGAUCUUGAAACUAAGAUAGAACUCAUCAAGACCCUUAACAAUGUAUCUGCAGGAAAGAUAUAUGUUGAAAUUGAGAGAGCCCGUUUGGUUAAGAAACUUGCAAAAAUUAAAGAAGAACAAGGACUCAUAACCGAGGCUGCUAAUUUGAUGCAAGAAGUUGCAGUUGAAACUUUUGGAGCAAUGGCGAAAACAGAGAAGAUAGCUUUUAUUCUUGAACAAGUGCGUCUCUGUUUGGAUAGUCUAGAUUUUGUGCGUGCACAAAUACUCUCAAGAAAGAUCAAUCCCAAAGUGUUUGAAGCUGAUGUUUCUAAAGAAAAGAAGAAACCAAAAGAAGGUGAAAAUGUAGUCGAAGAGCCUGCUCCAGAUAUUCCAUCGCUGUUAGAGUUGACGCGAAUUUACUAUGAAUUGUUGAUUAGGUAUUACUUUCAGAACAAUGAUUACCUUGAGAUAUGUCGAUGUUACAAGGCCAUAUAUGAGAUUCCUUCUGUAAAGGAAAACCCAGCACAAUGGAUUCCAGUGCUGAGGAAAAUUUGCUGGUACUUGGUAUUGUCACCGCAUGAUCCUAUGCAGUCAAGUCUUCAUAACUUAACUUUGGAGGACAAGAAUCUUUCAGAGAUCCCUCAUUUCAGGCUGCUUCUGAAACAAUUAAUUACCAUGGAAGUCAUUCAGUGGACAUCGUUAUGGAAUACUUUCAAGGAUGAGUUUGAAAAUGAAAAUAACAUGCUUGGUGGCUCUUUGGGUGACAAGGCAGCUGAAGAUCUCAGACUGAGAGUUAUAGAGCAUAACAUUCUUGUUGUCUCAAAAUACUACUCGAGGAUAGCGUUGAAGAGAUUAGCAGAUUUAUUGUGCCUCUCUAUUCAGGAAGCCGAAAAGCAUCUUUCAGAAAUGGUUGUAUCAAAAGCACUAGUCGCGAAAAUUGACAGACCUGUGGGUAUGAUAUGUUUUCAACCUGCAAAAGACAGCAAUGACAUGUUAAAUUCCUGGGCUUUUAAUUUGGAGAAGUUGCUUGACCUUGUUGAGAAGAGUUGCCACCAAAUCCACAAGGAAACAAUGGUGCACAAAGCUGCAGUAAGGGCUUGAAAUAGUGGCGGCAGGACUUCAAAAGUAGCUCAUUUAAUAUGGUAAUUCUGAUCGGGGAGCAAUUAUGUGACAAAAACUGAAAUCGUUUUGCAGUCUGUCUGCCCGACUCUCAAAGGGAAAAAAGAGUUCGUAGUCUCGAUCCUUCUAUCCCUGCCAUCAUCAUCUGGCUGCUUACUUUCCUCAUCCUCUUCGCUUAGACUUUGUUCCUUGCGUGUACAUUUUUUGUUGUGUAUUUCCAGAUGCUCUAUUUAUUUGGGAUCAACGUUUUUCGUUGAUUAUAAGCGAUAACAGGUUCAUCGAUACUUUUUUACUAGAGUUAUUAAUCAAAUAGGAUCAGUGAAUAUCAAAACCAUGUGUUUCAAGUGACACUGGAUUAUAGAAUUUCUGGUGGCAAAAUAUACUCUUCAUCACUGUUAUAAUAUCAAAAAUUAGACUUUUUGAUGACA